AUGAAGAUUUUAUUUGCAAAGUUGUGCCACGAAGAAUGCGAGCAGUGCGAGAUAUUCCAGCAGCAUGAUAAUAUUCAUUCCGAAAACAACCUGGACUUGGAUAAAUGCGAUAUCUGCAAAAAAAUGGAACGUCCACAUUAAGAAGGCCAAGGAAGCAAGAAGAAAAUAUAGAGAAGAUGCUGAUUCUACAGAAUGGACAACUUCAAAUAUAUGUGUGUCAGCAGAUCUUCAAAAAGUAAUCAUGCUGCCGCGCAUCGAUACUUUCAAGCAGGUAUUGUUCACCCAAAGGAUCAUUGCCUUUAAUGAGAGCUUUGUCGGAGUUGGGAAAAACCAAAAAUCUGUGGGUCCAGCAGCUGUAAUAUGGCAUGAGGCAUUAGCUGGGCGCAAAAAAGAAGAAAUUUGUAGCGUGCUCCAUAAAUAUUUGCUCAGUCAACGUGAUGUCUUAACUAUAAAAAUCUGGCUUGAUAAUUGUUAA